GACAACCGCCGUUGUCAAUAUCAUGGACAUCGACAUGGACUUGCUUGGGUUUGAGUGUCAUUUUUAUAGUCACCUCAUACUGUAUCUCUCCAUUCUCCAAACAAUUUGAUAUGCUGCUUCAGGAUCCAUUUGCAUGAUAUAUCGUCAUUUGUAGAAAGGAGAACUUACAAUGGAUGACAAUAAUAUCAGCGAAACGCUGUUUUCUCUCGAGUUGGCGGUCAACUCUUUGCGAAUAGACCCACGAACUGUAAUUUGUCGCAUGCCCGCUGUCGCUUUUCGACUUUUGGAUUUCCCAUCAAUAAUGGUUGAGCAGUUAGAUGAGACAGAAGCAAGACUUCUGAAGAGUGCUAUACAUACUUCAUGGGAGUAUGAAGAAAAUAUUCCACCUCAACUUGACGAACUUAAAACUCGACAUGGUAACCACGAAUUCAAGAAGGGCAAGUCUUCUCUUUACAAGUACAGAUUGAGCUCGCUUGUUUCUCACCUUGACAAUACACCUCUCUACAUAAUGAUUGUUGAUGUUUGGAAUAACACCCCUAAAUUGGUCGCCCAUUGCAAUGUAUCAUUGAAAGAAGUCGUGCAUAGAAUUAAAAAAGAUGUCUCGGACUUUGGAGUCUCUGUACCCUCUGUUCACGGCAUCCAAGGGAAAUUUCCGCUUGUUAAUCUCAUGGGAACUGAGAUUGGGUGGAUAUCUUUGGGGAUUCGUCUCCUCAGCCUUGGUGGAAAUCUCAUUCCUCACAUUGCAGAUGCAUCUCUGAUGAAGAACAAGGAAGCCAAUUUGACCAAAGAUCAUGAAGAUGCAACUACUGUUCCAAAGACAUCAGCUGAUCAGCAAGAAAAACCUCAAGUGCAAGGUUCAACCCCAGUGUAUGUUCCAUCAAGUAGACCUGCGUGUGAGCACUGUGAUCAUCAAAGGAAUGAAGAUUUACUUAAUGGAGCUGUCAAAGUGGACUUGGCAUGUCAGACAAUAGAGGGCACAGAUGAAGGGACCAGGGCAGACAUGGCUCCCUCAACAAAGAUCAAGAAAAGACCAAUGUUGACAUCUUCCGGGGUGUCUUCAGAUAACAUUCCAAGAGAAGAUGGAGGAGAAAUCACUAUACCUGCAUUUGGAAAUAAUGACCUGUGUAUCACCAAUAUACACGUUCCUCCACCUCUGAUAUACAGUUCAGAAAAUGAUGUCAAAUCCAAAGCAACUGAUGGCAGAAGACAAAGGGUACCACAACAAAACUUUAAGCACCAGAGUUUCCCCAGUCCUCUUGGGAACAGGAGAAAUGCAACCACCCAAGAAAGUUGUUCUUCUGCAUUCUCAUCUGAUAUGGACAAUAAAAAAGAACUUGAAGUUCAGUAUGUGAUACAUCCUCCAGAGUAUAACUCCUCACCAAAUGUCCGAAAAAUCUUGAGAAACAAAAGGAAAAAGAAGUCUAUUGAGGAGCCUGUGGAUGUUGACCCAAGCUUGCAUUUCAAUCCUCAAAGGGUGAAAGAACCCACGAGACCUGAAAGUGAAAUUAAAGGAAAGGACAUAUCUGAUAGAGUGGAGGAUCUCCAAAAACUCCCCAUUCUUCAGGCACUUCUAAGGGAAUUGAGUAUUUUGAACAGAAUUGGAACUGACAAGUCCAAAGACUCCAAACCAAUGUUUGUCAAAGAAGAUCUUGAAUCUCAGAAGAGUUCUUCAAAACAUUUUGUAGAUCAGAGAACUAGUGGAAGGAAAAGCGAAUUUCAUGUUAUUGAGAAUGAGCCAAAAGUUGUUCCUGCAGCCCAGAAAAGUUAUCGUCAUAAACAUAGAGAAUGUGCCAAGCCUCCAGAAGGAGUACCAGCUUCAAAGAGUUUUUUAAGACAACAGCCUCGAUAUGGCAAGCAUCGUAAAGGAAACAAGCUGAAAUUCAAAAUGACCAACUCCCAAAAGCUUCGCAUCCAGAAACACAAUCCAGAAGCGUUCAGGCAGUUGGAAGAAGAGGAGAGAAUUGCAGAAAUUGAAUUUCAAAUGCAGGCUGCUGCUCGGAUGCACAAGGAGAGCAAGCGGAGGCCAGCAGCUCCUCAUCCAUCAGAAGAUGUGUUACUUUCACUGGAUGCUAAUAUUUCUACAGAGAUUGCCAAGCAUUGUGAACAGGGCCAGUCAGACAAUGAAGAUAGCAAUACCAUCUUCAAAAGAGGAAUGGAAACUUUCAAGAUUCCUACAUCCGACAUUGUUGAUGAUGAUAUGGAUCAACCACUUGAUAGCAGAGAUGCUGCAAACAGUGUUGCUGAAAAGGAUGCCAGUGAUAGUGAAAAAAGUGCACGUAGCAUCAGUGUUCACUUGCCAACUGCUCUAGUACAGAAUGAUGAUGAGGAGGAGGAGAAUUCAUCUGAAGACGAGAGUCAAGAGGAAGGUCCAAAGCACCUGUCUGUCCCUGGGUUUCCAGAAGGUCCACAGGAAGAUGAAAGGCCACUGGAACCUGUGACACCUAUUCAACCAUACUCUGAUGACUUUGAAGAUUCUUACAGAUGUGUAUCAACAGGUGAACAGGAGCUCGCCAACAUUCAGUCGUCCAUUGCUUCAGAGACAUCCAGCGUCCGACAGGAUUAUCCUGCUACGGACUCUGAUCAUUCCAACAGCGGCAGUUACAAGACGGCAGAAUCUGUACCUUCGGUCAGAAGUCCUGGAGCCGUUACUAGUCAGCCAUCCAAGGUAGCGAAUCCAGCAGAUGUUGUGAACCCGCCUUCAAAGUCAAGCAGUAGCAGCACAAGUUCCAAGUAUCCUCCCAGUGUUCUGAGCAUCCCUCAACCACAGAUGUCAGCCAACUCUCCCAUUCCUCUUGCCAGGCGAUCAGUGGCAAAAUCUACAAUCUCCAGUCAGCCUCCACAGCCAAAACCCAGGCUCUCUUUGGAUCAUUCCAGCUCUCUAUCCAACGUUUCUGUCCUAGUCCCAGAAUUAUCGAACACAUUUGAGAGCUCGGAGGUUAAUACAUUUGAAGGUAAGCCAGAAGUAAGUGAUGGGGAGGGACAGGAUAAUGUGUAUUCAGAUGACUUUUAUAGUGAUGACUAGCUUGCCUGAUGUUGGAUUGUAAAUGGAUGAAUACACUAAUUCUGGUAUCUAGCAGCAAAUACAAUUAAAUAUUUGGGUACCUGCUUUUAGGUGGUCACUAGGCUUAUUCAGGUUUAAUCUAAGAGUUUUUUCAUUUGUUUUUUUAGCUUCUGGUGGAUGCUUCAUAAAGCAGUUAGUCAGUUGUGUUUUAUGUUGCAGUCACAUUUUCCCUACGGCAGCUUAUGGUUAGUCAAAAACAGUCGUUUUUAUUAUUUUUAUUGUACCUUCUGAUAAAGUAAAGUCCACCGACUGGUGUAUUGUCGUACUAUAUUUGGCAGGUCUGGUGUGGAGUAUGUACAGUGCCAUUUUAAAAUAUACUAAUAAGCUUCAUAUAGGUGGUUUGAAUAAAACUGCUGUUUUCGACUCGCAGUAGGGGAAAUGUGACUGCGUCAUUAAUUCAAAGACUAUUGGCGACUUAUACUUGGGAGAUAAUAUCACCAUCAAUGACAAUUUGGGAUAUUAUGGUUCAUUUACCAAUAGAAACAGUCACCAGUCAUUCAAAAAGUCAUACUCACAAACAGCUUUAUGAGAGAAACGAAUCGGGAAAAUGGACUGCCAAAAUUGUAAUUAUCCUUUCUGCAUUAGACAGGGGGCUGUACCUUUGAAACGAUAACAAUUUGGAUUUUGCUGCAGGAGUAUUAUUUUUCAACAGAUGGUUGGAAGGAGGUGGGAGCACAUGUCAUCCAUUAGUGAAUAUAAUUUUCUUUAAUGUGUAUUAUGUGCCUAUUAUUUUUAUGGUUUUUGAUAAUCACUUUGGUAGAAACAAAAUAUAUUUUGUAUAUAAGUGAUACAAGUGCAAAAGUUUAUUUUCUUUUUCUCCUUGAAGACCCUUGUCAUCUUAGUUGUUUAUGGGACAAGAAUAUGUAGCAUACAUGUAUGCCACUUUUAAAUACUAGAUGUAUGUUUUUUUAUUUAUUAAAUCCUAACUUAUGCAUGUACACAACUAAAAACAAUGGAAAACCAACAAAUGAAACAACAGUCAAUGGUUCUUUUCCUUAAACUUCUUUUAUUUUUGAAAUAUCACUCAACAUCCAAUACAUCCAACCCAAAACACAAAAUGUUGGCAGAUGUCACACCAAUCAAAGUGAAAAUAUAACAAUACUAUUUAUAAUAUAUUUGGCUGGUGAAUGAUCUUUCACCAGCUUUUAUAAGUCAUAUAUUUUUAUUAUAUUUUAAUACGAGUUGAAGCUUUCUAUAGCAAGUCAAUAAAAGAGAUUGUUAUGCCGAUUGUUGGCACAAUCUUGCAUUCAAAUCUGGCCAGUGGCUACAUGUAAACUCAUACUGCAUCUUGUUAUACAUGCAGAUUCAACUCCUUGUGAGCUUGAUCUGUUGAAAAGACAAUUUCAUUUACUUAAUAUUCAAAAAUUAAAGUUUAAAAUAAUUGUUUGUAAGAUGCAUCAAAAACUGCUGUUAGUAUUUCUCCAAGAUAUUGAGUAAAAAUUUAAACAAUGCAAAACAUGAAAGUUUUGAGCUCUAUUCAUGAAAGAACGAGCUUAACUGCAAUUUGUUGCUCCAUGAGCAACUUACCAUUGACCUUCUGUGCUCUAGGGUCCCAUCUUACAAAGAGUUACGAUUGAUCCAAUCGAUUGUAACUAUGGAAAUCCAUCCAUGUCAUAAUUUUUUUCUCCAGAAAAUUUGCAUUAUGUCUUUUGUAAACAAAGGAGAACACACAAAAUUGUCAAGAAAUCAAUGAAUUUAUGGAUGUACAUUUAUAUCUAGAAAUCUUAUAUGUAGAUGGUGCUGGCUUUCCAUAGUUGUGAUUGAUAGGAUCAAGCAAAAUGAGUUGAUGGUUUAGAAAAUAUUGCAGCAUUAUCUAUUUAUGACGUGUCAUUCUGGUGUAAGCAGGUAUGUAUUUUGUUAUUUCAAUAAUAGAGUGUCAAUUUUCUAAGACUGGUACUUGACAGCUCAAAUCUAUGUAAAUAAAAGUGAUAAAUCUGAAGAGUGGUUCUGUUGCUCCUCAUACGGUAUGUGUAUAAAAAAACAAGCUAUUUAAAAUAGUUUAAUCUAUAAACCUUUUUAUCUGUUUUGAUCAAGAAAAUAUAUUGUAAAUUGUACUCAUAAUUUGCACUUGAAAUGAACAUGGGUGAAAUAAUCUUACUUUGCCCAAAAUUUUACCCACCAUUAGUUCAUAGAAAAGUGUUCAAAUAUCGAGCUUGUUUCAAAAUCCUCAUAAUAGAAAAUAUAUGAGUAACCAUUAGACUUCUUGGAUCACUGACAUCUAUGAAAGAAAACUAGGUCUUUUCAUAAUGAAAUGUAAAUCAUAUCUUGUAUGUAUCUUUUAUCUGAUCUUUCUAUAACCCUUCUUAAUUUUGCCUUGAUCAUAAAGGCACAAGUUGACUUUCAGAGUCAAGUUUCAAAAAUAGAUAUUAUUUUUUUCUUUUCUGUUAAUAUCUUGUUUUGCCUCACAAUUCAACACAUCAAAAUUGCCUAUCAUUUACAUCCACAUGUACACAUCCAUGAUUCAUGUAUAAAUGUAUGUACAAUAAAUUUGCAUGCAAGAAUUAACCUAAAU